GUUAUUAAUAAAAAUGGGUGUUCCAGCAUUUUUUAGAUGGUUGACUCUACGUUAUCCGAAAAUUGUCCUUGAUGCCUAUGAUGAGCAAGGAAAGGAAGAAGCAAUGCAACAAGAUGCAAAUGAAAUUUGCCUUGCAGGAGUGGAUAGUGCCGAAUAUGUUAAUCCACAUAUUGAUAAUGUUUAUUUUGAUAUGAAUUGUAUUAUUCAUCCCUGUACACACCCCCAAGCUGGAAGACAACCUCUCAAUGAGACAGAGAUGUUCAAGAAUGUGUUUGAUUAUCUCGACAGACUCAUCAGAAUCAUCAGACCCAAGAAACUGAUCUACUUCGCUAUAGAUGGAGUAGCUCCUAGAGCUAAAAUCAACCAACAGAGAUCAAGAAGAUUUAGAGGAGCACUUGAAGAGCAAGAGAAGUUAGCAGGGGAAACUUCUCAGGCUAAAGGAUCAAAGUUUGACAAGAAUGUGAUCACCCCAGGAACUGAAUUCAUGGAUAGACUCUCUAAAUGCCUCAAAUUCUAUGUAGCUCAAAGACUCCAAUCAGAUCCUUUAUGGAAAGGCCUUAAGAUAAUUUACUCUGACUCCAGCGUCCCUGGAGAAGGAGAGCAUAAGAUUUUGGACUAUAUUAGAAGCCAAAGAAAUUCUACAGAUUAUGACCCUAACCAAGCCCACUGAAUUUAUGGAGCGGAUGCAGAUCUGAUCAUGCUCGGCCUCAGUACUCACGAAGCUAGGUUUUAUAUCAUUAGAGAGGUGUUCAUCCCCGAACACAAAAGGAACUGAGUGUUUUGAGGAAUGCAAGGACAUGACUUGGAUAAAUGUGAUAGCUAUAAAAGUUCUGAGAGAGUGAAGUCAAACCCUCUCAAAAACCCGGUAUUAUUCCAAUAUGUAAAGAUCCAUGUUUUAAGAGAAUAUUUAGCACUUGAACUAGAGACAACUGAUGAUGUCCACAAUGAUACUGAUAACAAGAUAGACGAUUUCAUAUUCCUCUGCUUCUUUGUUGGAAACGAUUUCCUGCCUCAUUUACCAUCAUUUAAAAUUAGAAAUGGAGCUAUUGACUUGAUUCUAAUUAUUUACAAAAGUUUGCUGCCUACUUUGGAUGGCUAUCUCACUAAAGAUUGAGGACUGAAUAUGAAAAAUGUCAAUAUUUUACUAAAGAAGUUAUCCCUAGUAGAGGAAGAUCUUGACAAGCAGGGCUCUCAGAAUAACCAGAGGCCAAAUAAUAGAAGAGACUACCGGAACAAAAGAGGACAACCAGAAGAGGUUAAAAAUAAACUUGCAGAAGAAGUCCUUGCUAUUAAACACAUCAAUAAUUUCUCUGGAGGCAAUUGGAGGUUAGACUACUAUAUCAAUAAAUUCCAACUUGAAAAAGAUGACAUGGAUGAUUUCCUUAGUAAGAUUAGCAAGGCAUACCUUGAAGGAAUAAAUUGGGUCUACAAAUAUUAUUUCACAGGAUGUCCAAGCUGGGAUUGGUUCUACCCUUUCCAUUACGCUCCAUUAGCAGUAGACUUGGUGGAUAGAAGCAAAGAAGAAUAUAAUUUUUUUAAAGGUGAGCCAUACAGACCGGUCGAGCAGCUGAUGUCUGUUCUUCCAAAACAGAGUGAUCAUGCAUUGCCAAAAGUAUGCAGACCCUUACUUUCUGAAGAGACCUCAGAAAUAAUUGAUUUCUACCCAAUACAGUUUCCUCUUGACACUAAUGGGUUCAAGUUUGCAUGGAUGGGAGUUAACCUACUACCAUUUGUAAAAGAACAGAGGCUCCUUAGCACUGUCAAAAAGAUAGAAGGAGAAUUCUCAGAAUCUGAUAAAUUCAGAAAUACAACAGGCGAUGAACAAUUUCUUUUUAACACAGAGCACAUGCAAAAUCUUACAUUGAUCCUUGAGAAAUCUGAAGAGGAAGACUUCAAAUAUUCUCUGAAGAAUGAAGAAGGUUUUAAACUUUGUGCAGAAUUAGGACACUUCCCUGAUAUUUAUAAAGUUGAUGCAGAAAUUCCUCAACCAAGAACUGGCCUUGGCCUUCCAGACAUUUCGAAUAACAAAGUGAUAAACUUGAAGCUUAUCUUGCCUCAUUGUGACUCUCAUCCUUGAAGAUAUUUGGAUGGAACUAUUGAGCUUCCCUUAGAAGUAUCUCCUUCAGAUUUGAUGAGAGGUGACAGAAGGACUUUCAUUGGAGAGACUUCAAUCAGAGUAGUAGAGCAAAGACUAGGCAUUGAGAGAGACAAGACCCUGACUUAUAAGACUACAUACAACAGAAACUUUUCAUCAGGAUACUACAAUAAUAGUCAAGUUAGAGGAGGAUAUGGAGAUCAAAAUAUAGGCAGACCUUACAAAAGAGAAGCUGAAGUUCCUACCUAUCAACUUGGAAGACAAUCUCAGAGUCAGCAUAAGAGGGUAAAGACAAAUGAAGAUGGUUAUAACAGACAAGAUAGGCCCACUGGUUAUGGUAGGCCUGGGGGUUAUGAUAGACCUACUAGUUACGAUCCAUUUAAUCCACAUGGAAAUAGCUAUUCAGGUCCUCCUCCUACAGCUCCACCUAUGAUGAAUUAUCAGCCCAGGGUUCCUACCAACUACUAUCCUCCUCAACACUACGGAAGAGGUGAUGGUUAUGCAGGUAGAGGAGGGUAUGGCCAGAUGCCUAGCCGUGGACCUGGCGAGGAAGUCACGGUCAGACCUCCUAGCUUAAACCAGCAUUCCAAUUUCGGGUCUCAAAGGCCUGACCAGAGGCCAGGAUACCCUAGUUAUGAUCACCAGGAUUCCCAGACUAAAGAGAAGGAUAGGUCAGAGAAGAAACCUCAGAAUAGAUUUGAAAAUUUCAAGGAAUAAAGAGUUUAUUCUAUUCAACAGUGA